GUCAAGUGGAAGAGCUGUGGAGACAGAAGUGCAAUACACAAGGAGGUACGGACAGACAGAGUAUCAGUACAAGUCCACCCUGACACAAUUGGCCUUCUGAUGUAAGUAGAUUUUUGUGGCCACAGUUAAAUGUUUACGGCAUUUAUGACUUGGUUAAUUACACGGAUGGUGCUCACCUGUAAUGAGCUUAUCAAAAUCAGUCCUUCUACUAUGCAUUGCCAGCUGAAGUGUCUCCUUCAGGUUUCAUAUGUCUACAUCCUCUGUGUGUGGACGUUACCGUCUGAGGACCUUCACAUUCCGACGCGCGAGUUGAUUGCGCACACCUGUUCAGUUUGAGACUCGUGUAUAGGUUGGUUGACUUGAGGGAGUUCUCCAUCAAGUUGACGGAUUGAUUUACAAUGGAGACUCCCCUCCACUUGACUUCUAUUUUACUACAACUCUUGAUCAGCGGCCUUUCACUUGGAUCGUCCCCGACCACGUCAAAUCAAGCUGACGAGUUUGGCGAUUCCGCUUUGUACCGACAUGGUAGUAUCUUGUCACCCCUUCUGAAGGCGCUGACAGCACAGGGAGAUCCAUGGCGAUCCACCCCAGUAAUGAGACCCGAGUCGAGAUAUGUUCGAUACAUGAAACGACUGUACAGGAUAUCUUCAAGACAUGAGAGGAGUUCGGAAGUGAACAACCACUUGUACAACACUGUUCGACUUAUAACACCGCGGGAUGAGUGCCUGGAGCAAAGCAUAGAGUUCUUCAUGCAAGACCUCUCCUACAAUUUGGGCCGUGUCAGAGCCAAGGAGCAGCUCCUGAAGUCUGUCCUGCUGUACUCCUUCGACCAAGAGCAGGCCACGUCCAUAACUAACCAGUGUUACCAAGAUGUGAAAGAGCAAAAUACCCGCAAUCAGUGUCCUCUCUGCCCAAGCAGCCAUCACUCAGUUAACUUCCUGUUCCACACGGACCGCAGGAGGAAGUGGGUUGAGGUGGACAUCACAGCUUUCCUCCGCCCUCUCAUCCAGUCCCACAAGAAGGACAUUCACCUACUGAUCAACCUGACCUGUGUGGAGGACAGAGGGGCUAAGGCUGGAGGAGAGGAGUGGAGCGUUAGGGGCCCCGUGGAGCUCCACCUAAGGUCUCCGUCCUUGCUGCUGUACCUCAACGACACCAGCGAGCUGGCUCACCAAAGAUGGCUGCCCACCAGGUCACAAGGUCAUCCGAGGUCCGCCAAUGAGGUGGACAUCUUAGAGAGCCUGGCGGAGUUCAAACCGGAGCGAAGGAUCAGCCGGAGCGAGAGGAGGCGGCUGAGGAGAGAAUCUCCAUAUCUGUCGACGAACAACGCAGGAGGCAAAACGAGCACGAAGACCGUCCUCCCUGACCUCCUCCCGAGUUCUGACUUCCCUACGAGCGACUGUGACUUGUACGACUUCAGAGUGAGCUUCAGUGAGCUCAAACUGAGCCAUUGGAUCAUUUUCCCACACAGGUACAACCCCAGGUACUGUAAAGGCACCUGUCCCAGGGCUGUGGGGUUCAUCUACGGCUCCCCCAGACACACCUUCUUCCAGAACAUGAUCUACCACAAACUGGACUCCUCUGUGCCAAGACCUUCCUGUGUUCCUUCAGAGUACAAACCCCUGAGUGUUUUAACCCUUGAAGGUGACUCCAUCGCCUACAAGGAGUUAGAUGAAAUGAUCGCUACGAGGUGCACAUGUCGCUAAAGGCCCACCUCCAGGGACGGGCUCAAUUCCAUUUCAAUCUAAACUGAAAUUCCAAUUGUUCUCAAUACUUUUCAAUGUAAAAAAAUUCAAAAAAUAAAAAGAAACUCCACUUGCUCCGGCUGAUCUGGAAAUUGUCUGAAUUGAAAUGGAAUUGACCCCAACCCUACCUACCUCAUUGCCUGAUGAUGUUGUUUUACCAGCCUCAACACUUUGACUGUUAACCUACCUUCUGCUUUGACUGUUAACCUACCUUCUGCUUUGACUGUUAACCUACCUUCUGCUUUGACUGUUAACCUACCUUCUGCUUUGACUGUUAACCUACCUUCUGCUUUGACUGUUAACCUACCUUCUGCUUUGACUGUUAACCUACCUUCUGCUUUGACUGUUAACCUACCUUCUGCUUUGACUGUUAACCUACCUUCUGCUUUGACUGCCGCCCUACCUUCUGCUUUGACUACCGCUCGACAUUAAUGACCUUUUCACAUUAAUUGGCUAUUGUAACAUCCUGGUCUGGUGACUUCAUGCCAAAACCUCAGUGACUUCAUGCCAAAACCUCAGUGCGUUGAGUUCGAUUUGAUCUAGAACAGAUGUAUUUACUCACUUGCCAAAGUAUUUUUAUCUAAAUCGAAAAUAUGGCAUUGUUUUCUUUGUUUGAAGUGAUAGGAGGAACGUUGUGAAGACGUCUUGUUUGUUUGUCAUCUGCUUUUGCAUUGUGUUGACAUGCAUGGAUUGAUAUUUUACAAAUUAAUUUGAUAUAAUUUAUUAUUAAUGAUUUAAGUUAUUUUUGUUAAUUUAUUUUGGGUGUUCUGUCAUUAUUCUUUCACACUAACUGGUACAUCUGUUCUGGACAAAAUAUUUUUAAAAAGUAGUCCUAUAUACUCGUAUCAAACACUUUCACGUUUCAUUUUAUUCCUGGGGAUUGCAGACGGUUGUUUCAUGGACAACCUCUUUUCAUACAGUCCAGAAUGUAUGUCCAACUUUGUUUCAGUGUGUAUUUAUUACCCUGGGUCAUGAAAUGACUGCAUACCUAUAUGAAUUUGUAUUGACAAAUUUACCUAAAAUGCAUGUCGUCUAUUUAUGCAACAACACAAAUUACUGUACAGUCUUGUUUGGCUCACUGAUUAUCAAAAAUGUUAAAUUUAACUUAAAGUAUUAGUUUGGAAAAAAUAAAGA